AUGAUGAAUGAGGGAAAAGUGGCGGCUGUGCCCGCAGCAUUAACAGCUGCGGUAUCACUUAUCACCAAAGAUCGUGCUGCGAGGAGAAAUGUGACACGAGAAGAGGUCUCUGGAUGGAUUCUUUCACCUCCAGAGUCCCGCACCGCGGAGCAGCGUGACUCCCAGAACUCACCAUCUAUCUCCUGUACGACGCGUGAUUUUCGGCGGCAGGUAUCCGCCAUCGUAUCGCUUCUGUCCUUGUUCCCCAAGCUUCGCUCGGCGGGGGAGGCAUGUCUGGCGUCGCUAGCCCGGCAGGUUGCCGCCCAGCAGGCGAGUCGUGGUGAGGUGCUGUUCCGCCCGGGUGACGUGGCCGACUGCGUGUACCUGCUCGUGGAGGGAACCGUGGUGCUCAUCGACCAACCGCCUCACAACCACCACAACCAUAACCACUCACACAACCACCAAAACCACGGAGGGGGACAGCGGAGGAGGUCCAGCGGAGCCGGGGGAGACCAACGGGAGGAGGAUGUGCUGCAGCGGUUCAACUCCUGGGAACUGGUGGGGGAUGAGCCCGUGCUGGCGGGCAUACGUUGGUCGUGUAGGGCCCAGGUGGUCUCCAGCCGGGCGACGCUGUUGGUGGUUCCUCGGCACCUGUUCCACGACACCGUUGCGUUGAAUGUACGAGCGUCGUUUAACAGAAAGAUCGACUUCCUGGCUCGCCUGCCCGUGUUCGGCAACAUGCCCCGUCGCGUGGUGGAGCGGCUGACGCCCUUCUUCUACGAAGUGGAGCUGCCCCCAAAGGAGCUGCUGUGCCGUCAGGGCGACGCGGCAGAUUGCAUGUGGGCAGUGGUGAAUGGCAGGUGCCAUGUGGUUAUAGAUCCGAGCUGGAGUCCGGCAGCCAACAAGCCCCCGGAGACGGACCCUAAGAAGACCACUCAGGUCGCGGCGGUUCAGAGCGGGCAGCUUAUCGGGGAGAUGUGUGUGUUUGGGAAUCUGCGCCAUCGGGCCUCCACCGUCAGCCUGUCCUUGGCAUCAGCUCCUCUCCCCCGUUCGUGGGGUCGUUGGUCUUCCCCCCCUGCGUUCUUCCCCGGCCAGGAGCUCCGCGCCAUUGCGGAGGCCAAGAUGAUGCUGCUGGUUCAGGCGGAGCGGGAGGAGCAAGGCGCGGCUGCUCGGGUCAGCAGAGUCCUGCGCGGGCACAGCUUGCGGGCCCUCAAACCCACAAACCGAGCUCAACUGCUGAGAGGGGCCUUGGACGAUUCAACCGGCCGCAAACAGCCGUCGUCGCCCACUGGCAAGAAGGGCCCCCCGCACAGCCCUGGUGGCGGCGGCGGCAUCGGCGGCGGUGCCGGUGCGCCGUCCCGUACAAGUGGAUCCGGCGGAACCGACCUGGGCCCUAUUCACUCAACCGGCGGCGGCGACGCCGGGGACGGCGACACAGCCAUGUGGGAGCUGGAUUCUCCGAAACCCCGCGAGCGAUCAUCACUCGUACUUGAUCUUGAUGCCGACGUGUCGCAUUCGCCGUGGGCCACCAUCAGCGUCGCCGCCGCGGAGUGGAUUCGUCCGGCGGCGCAGCGCCCGGCGGUGCCGCUAUCGCCGGCGGCGGCGGCUGCCGGCACUGGCGUAGCCUCCCGCCUGCAGACCGUCCUUUCCCAGUUCGCCGCUGCCGACUGGGUGGAUGGACUCAGCUCGGGGUACAGCGAGGAUGAUGUGCGCGGCAGCGGCGGCGGUGGCGGCGGCACAGCUCCGUCGGGGACGCACCGAUCUCCGUCGGCGCCGGCGAUGCCGGCGCCUACGACGGUGGCUGCGCUGCCGUUCGGCUGGGGCUACACGUUUCUCCGCUCAGCCGCGGAGGCUGGCACCGGGCCUGUAGGGACCCGAGUAAGCGGCGGCGGCGGCGGCGGUGGUGGUGGUGGUGGUCUUGCAGCAGGGUUGGCGUCGCCGUCGGGGUCACAAAUGGCCGUCGCACUGCCCAGCCCCAGGUCGUCGCGGACAGUGACGGCGGCGACGACGGCGACGGCGACGGCGGCGGACUCGGCAGCUAGCGGCCGCGGUAACCCCGCACGGGAGGCGUCGGCGUCGCAACACUCUAGACCGCCUGGUGAUGACGGCGGCGGCGCCGCUGGCGGCGCCGGCGGCGAUCAAAGCGGCGAAAGAUGUGAAGGCGGCGCUGACAGCACCACGUCACCUGCCGUACAGGCUUCCUCAUCCGCCAGCGCGGACUGCCGAUUGCGCGAUGGCGGCGCGACGGGUGACAACGAGAACGAGAACGCGAAUGACAGCGACAGCGACAGCGGUGGCAGCGGAAGUGAAAGUCACGAGGGCCAGUACAGCUACCGGGGUGACGACGCCGACGCAGCCGACGCCGAUAACGAUGUGACUCAGCAGCUGUUGAAGCACGUGCCGCUGCAACUGUUACCCGUACUUAACACGCUGUACAGCCGUAGCGGCACCCCUGGCGCUGUCACUACCGCCGCCGGCAGCGGCGGCGGGAGCGGCCGCCCACGGCUGUCAAUGCGCGGCGGCGGCGCCGCGGGGGAUGGCCGCCGGCCGCCGGCCGGCGGCGGCACCGCUGCAGGUGACGGCGCGCUGUCGUCUGACACCGCUGGCGGCGGCGGCGGCGAUGGGGUCCCGGGUCUCGAGUCCCCGUCUGCUCUGCCGCAUCUGGUCAUUCGCCGCUGCAGCACUCCGGACACUCCGGGCCCUUGGAGCGCACGGGAGAGGUUGCCGGAAUCGAUGACGGCGGCGGCAUCAAUCGGAAUAACAUCUACAGCAGCCUCUGGGACGAGCCCCGCUGGCACGGGCCCGCCGCCGCCACCACGUGAGGUCGUCAAAGCCAGGAGCGGAUAUUCGUUUGGCGGUGGCUUUGGCAACGUUGCCGCGGCCGUCGCUGCGGCCGCCACCGGCGGCAGCGCCAGCGGCGCAGUCCGCGGCAGCAGUAGCAGCUCCCUCGGCGUCCUCGCGCCGCUGCCGUUUGCAAUCGCCCCGGCUAGUGUUCGUGCCAGGGCUGUGCAGGAACAGCUGCAGCAGCCGCCGCCGCAGCUGCAAAAGCAGUACGGCGGGACGAGACAACGGUACGGCACACCGGGCUCGAGCAUGAGCGGACCGCACUCGUCGGUGCUUCGCAUCAUGCGGGCGCCGUCGGAGGUUCGCGGUCCCAAGCAACCGGAGUCCGGUCAUCAUACGGCGGCGGCGGCGGCGGCGGCGGCGGCUACACUGACCGCAUCUGACAGCCCUAGGGCCACGGCCGCCACCGGCUGCCUCCCCGGGGCCCAGGCCACAUGCAGCCGGAGCGCCUCUAGCCCCGAACGCGACAGCCCACACGCCUCACCGACGGCCUCCCCUGGACCCGCCUCACCGCGAAGGCCGAGUACGACAGAGGGCGGAGCGCCCGUCGGCGGCGGCGGACCCGUUGAUAGCUCCAGCACGACACUGACCGACGCCACACCGGCGGCGGCGGCGUCGACGGCGGCAGCUUCAGCAGAGGCAGCUGCUGCGGCGGCGGUGACGGAUCCGCAGUACGGCAGCGGCACGGGCGCUGCUGGCGCGGCGAGUGUUACGAAUGAGCCUUCUGGCGGUAGCGGCGGCGAAGGGGGAGUUGGGCGCGGCAGGCGAAUUACGCCGCCGCCGCCGGUGCAGGUGGCAUCGUACAACUACGACAGGGGGGUAGUCGAACGACUCCCUGAGGUGGUGGUCAGUCCCGCAGUCAGUGCCGCGGGGAACCGCGAGGUGGGCGAGAAGCGGGAGACGCAGCUACCGCCGUGCAGUAGCAGCAACAGCUCCAGCAUCAGCUGCGGCGUCACAGCCCCAGCCCCAGCCCCAGCCGCAUCCGGGCCGCUUCCAAGACUCUCUCGACAAGAGUCCUUGCCUGCCGCAGCCGGCGCCGCCAGCAGCGCCGGUCUGGAUGCCGAGGCGCCAGCGCCGCUGGCGGAGGCAGAGGAUAGCAUUCCGUCAUGUAUGUCGUACGCGUCGCUCACAGCCGAUGGCGUGGAUUCGGGCGCCGCUUUAGCUGCCGGCACCACCGGCGGCGGUGAUGAUGACGCGGCAGCGAAUGGAACGAGCACCUUUGCAAUGCCUGACGGCGCUGCGGCGGCCUCUGCGGCCGUUGCCGCCGGCGGUACGGCUGCUCCUGAUGGCGCUUAUGGCAACGCAGAGUCUUUCGUGUCGGCGGUAGAGGGCAUUCGGUGCGACGAGCAGGAUUCUUCUGCACCCGCCAACGGCAUGAAGCUACACAGUUCGCAACGUAAGACUUCGGAAGGCCCACGGCAGCGCACGUACGGCGACGUGUGGAACGGAUCGCCGCCGCCAAACACGUGGGCAGUGGUUCCCCUCACAGCGGCCAACGCCGCGGAGGCGGCUGCCGUCUCUGUCGGCCCUUUGUCGACGCCCUUCCUGCAGUACAUGCGGGCGGCGGCGGCAGCCGCCGCAGCCGGGCGCCCCUCGUCGCCCUCCGAGGCCUCUUUAGCGCAGUCGCUGGCGGCGCAUCGCAACGUCAUGGCGGCGGCAGCGGCGGCGCUCUCUACCUUGUCGCCAGCAGCCAGCAGCGGCGGCGCCAUCGGCGGCAGCAACAGCCCCAGCCCGACGGCCAAUGCCCUGGCGUCGCUGCUGACCAAAGGAGGCUGCCGUACAAGCUUGCCACCAAAUAUACGGCAGCCGAAUGUAAUAGUGAAGGGCGGCUUCGUUUAUCGCGCGGCUACUGGCAAGCAGCGCUUAAGUGAGCUUGUGAACGGCGGGGGUGGCGGCGGCGGCCUAGCUGGCGGCAGCCAUGCUAUGAGUACGGCUGGACUGGGAGCCGCCGCCGCCGCCGCCGCUGCCGCCGCCGCGGCUGCCGGUGGUGGUGGCAAUGGCGGAUUCGGCAGCAGCCAUUAG